AUGGAUGAAGAGGCCACCAAGCGUUACCUUCGGGUGAGCGACGUUGGGCUGCAGCAGGAACAGGCUGAGGUAGGGAGUAAAGUUCAGGCUGGUCAAGAGGACAGAGAGAUCACCGUCCUGCCCCGGAGGAAGACGGAGGAGCCGGACGACACGACCACGAUGAAGACGCCAUCAUCUGACUCUUCCUGCUGCGCGUCCUGUAUCAGUCUGAAGGACAGAUGUCCUCGACCUCGGGGAAUCCUCAACCUGCUCAUCACCAAAGUCUGUUUGUUUGCUCUGCUGUUCGGAGUCGUCUGGACCAUCACGGGAAAAGAGUGUUUACCUGGAGGGAACCUGUUCGGUAUGCUGCUGGCAGGUCUGCUGUUGCGUAAUGUUCCUUACAUAACGGACGCCAUCUUCAUCGACACUCACUGGUCUGCAGCUCUGAGGAACAUCGCCUUGUCCAUCAUCCUGACCAGAGCUGGUCUGGGCCUCAACCCUGAGGCUUUAAGUCGACUGAAAGCAGUGUGCGUACGUGUUGCAGUUGGACCCUGUAUGGUGGAAGCCUGCAUUGUCGCUGUGGUUUCUCACUUCCUGCUGGGUCUGCCAUGGGUUUGGGGUUUCAUACUGGGUUUUGUACUGGCUGCCGUUUCUCCAGCAGUUGUUGUUCCUUCAAUGCUGCUCCUGCAGAGAGAAGGAUAUGGAGUGGAGAAGGGAAUCCCCACCCUCCUGAUGGCUGCUGGAAGCUUUGAUGAUAUUCUCGCCAUAACAGGAUUUUCUACAUGUUUGGGAAUCGCCUUCUCUACAGGUUCUACAUGGAUGAACAUACUGAAGGGUCUGCUGGAGGUGGUGGGAGGCAUCGUAGCUGGUAUGAUCCUGGGCAUGUUCUUGUACUGCUUCCCCAGCAAUGACCAGGAGGAUCUGGUAUUGAGGAGGACCCUCAUGUUGCUGGGUCUGUCCAUAUUUUCAGUCUUCACCAGUAAUGUUAUAGGUUUUGCUGGAGCUGGAAGUCUCUGUACACUGGUGCUGGCUUUCCUGGCUGCACUGGGCUGGAAGACUGAAAAGGCACCAGUAGCAGAAAUAGUGGGCCGGUCAUGGGAUGUAUUUCAGCCACUUCUCUUUGGUCUGAUUGGAGCUGAGAUCACGAUUAAAGCACUCAGCCCAAGCACUGUGGGUCUGGGUAUGGCCUGCAUUCUUAUUGGUCUGGUGAUCCGUCUACUUGUCACCUUCCUGUUGGUUCAUUAUGGAGGAUUCAACUUAAAAGAGAAGCUCUUCAUUUCUGUGGCCUGGCUGCCUAAAGCUACUGUGCAGGCUGCCAUUGGCUCCAAGGCAUUGGACAUGGCGAGGGAGGAAGGGGACGAGGCCUUAAUUAAGUUUGGUUUGGAUGUGCUAACAUUAGCGGUGUUAGCCAUCUUGACCACAGCUCCAGUUGGUGCACUGGGUAUCGGACUGGCAGGACCACGUCUCCUGGCCCGGCAGGUCAAAGCAGAAGAGACGGAAGAUGGAGCUACACCAUCUUACCGCAACGGGGUUGUUCAAGAAAAAGACAACGGGACUCUCGAGAGCAAGCUAUGAAGCAUCUGAGUGGAAAAACUGACUAUACAAAACUGUAUAUACAAUAUAUAUAUAUAUGUCCACACAUUAUGUAAAUCAUAAACAGAAUUUAGCUGCGGUUCAUUUAUAUAUACUGGCUGUCAAUAUCUUCUAUUUUCUCAUAUGCUCAGGUUAGAAACUGUAAAUGUGCAAAUGUUUGUGUAGUGUACUAUACUGAUAUUUAUGCAUUUUGGUAACGUGCAAUGAUUAAUUUUACAUUACACUAAGAUUAUGUUAUCAGCUCAUUAGCAGUGACAGAAUCUAUAUUAUGAAUUAAUUUCUGGCUAGCUAGUGCUAACAUAAAGCGUAUUUGCCACACCAGGUUUCAUUUUCUUACUUCAUUUUUUAUUUUCUUCUGUUUGUCUGUUGCAUAAGUGAAGUACAGCUGAGGUCAUUCAUCAUAUGGGGACUGGCAGAUAGUUUAGCUAGCAUGCUAAUCUGAUGUGUGGGAGUUUAGAUAUGGUGGAGUAACAAAGGCAGACUUGAUGCUGGAGGUCAGGUCUUUAAACUGACAUCACAUUCUUUCU